AGCCUCCAUCUCUCUCUCUCUCUACAUCCAAGACCAUGCCUUCUCUUCCUCUUGUUCAGCCUCUCUCUGCCGAGGCCGAAAUUAGCAAGUCAGAGAAGAAGUUGAAGAAGAAGAUGAAGAACGGCGUGGACUUGGAUUCUUCCAGCGAUAAGAAGAAGAAAUCAAAAGUAUCUGAGUCCGACUCGGAUGAGAUUGAUUUGAAGAAAAAGAAGAGUAAGAAGAAGGAAAGUUCUAAAAAGCGGAAGGCUGCAGAUGUUGACGAGGAUAAUGAGGAUCAGAAGAGCGAAAAUAGCUCCGAGUUAGUUGAGCCGAUGAAUUCGAAGCCAUCACCCGAUAAAAACGCUGAAUUAGAAAAGCCGAAGAAGAAGAUGAAAUUGGGAGACGAUGAAAUUCAAGAGGCCGAAAAGGAUGAGAAUCCCAACGCCGUAAAGAAUUUCAGGAUUUCGGCUCCGUUGAGAGAUGCUUUGAAAUCGAGGGGUAUCGAAGCCUUGUUCCCUAUUCAAGCAAUGACCUUUAAUAUUGUUCUUGAUGGAUCGGACUUGGUCGGUCGUGCUAGAACCGGACAGGGUAAAACACUUGCUUUUGUGUUACCCAUAUUGGAGUCCUUGACCAGUGGGCCUGCAAAAGCUGGAAGAAAGACUGGAUAUGGCAAAAAUCCAAGUGUUCUUGUCCUCCUACCAACUAGGGAACUGGCUACACAGGUUGCUGCUGACUUUGAAUCUUAUGGUCGAGCAAUGGGACUGACUACUGUUUGCUUGUAUGGAGGGUCUCCAUACCAGCCUCAGCAAGUGAAGUUGAGCAGAGGGGUGGAUAUUGUUGUGGGGACUCCUGGUCGUGUCAAGGAUCAUAUAGAAAGGGGUAAUAUUAACUUCAGCUCCUUGCAAUUCCGUGUCCUGGAUGAAGCAGAUGAGAUGCUUCGAAUGGGGUUUGUUGAAGAUGUUGAACUUAUUCUAGGAAAGGUGGAUGAUCCCAGCAAGGUUCAGACACUUUUAUUCAGUGCCACCCUACCAGUCUGGGUGAAACAGAUUUCUGGAAAGUUUCUGAAAGCUGAUAAGAAGACUGUUGAUCUUGUUGGAAAUGAUAAAAUGAAGGCUAGUACAAAUGUGAGGCAUAUUAUUAUGCCGUGCUCUAGUUCUGCAAGAACACAACUCAUUCCAGAUAUUAUUCGUUGUUAUGGCAGUUGUGGACGUGUUAUUAUUUUUACUGAAACAAAGGAUUGUGCUUCUGAACUUGCCGGUUUAUUACCUGGAGCACGUGCCCUCCACGGUGACAUUCAACAAUCACAGCGUGAGAUCACUCUUUCUGGAUUCAGAUCUGGUAAAUUCUUGGUGUUGGUGGCCACUAAUGUUGCGGCUCGUGGACUUGACAUAAAUGAUGUUCAGCUGAUUAUCCAGUGUGAGCCACCCAAGGAUGUGGAAGCCUAUAUUCAUCGUUCUGGAAGGACAGGAAGAGCCGGAAACACUGGUGUUGCUGUCAUGCUUUAUGAUCCAAGAAGAGGCAACGGCAACAGGAUAGAAAGAGAGUCUGGUGUUAAGUUUGAACAUUUGUCUGCUCCCCAGCCAGCUGACAUGGCUAAAGCUGCCGGAACUGAUGCAUCGAGGAUUAUAACAAAUGUUUCUGACAGUGUCAUUCCUAUCUUCCAAGCUGCUGCUGAGGAGCUUCUUGCUUCUUCUGGCUUAUCUCCUGUUGAACUUCUUGCAAAAGCCAUUGCAAAGACUGCUGGCUACACAGAGAUAAAAAAUAGAUCACUUCUCAGUUCCAUGGAGAACCAUGUCACUGUUCUUCUUGGGGUUGGAAGGGCCAUCUAUACCCCAUCGUUUGCAUUUGGUGUCCUGAGGAGGUUUUUACCAAGCGAAAAGGUGGAUUUGAUUAAGAAUCUUGCUCUAACUGCUGAUGCAAUGGGUGCUGUUUUUGAUGUGAGUGUUGACGACGUAGACAUGAUUGUUGAAGGUGCUAAAUCUGCUGGUGGUGUGAGCUUGGAAGUGGUGAAAGAGUUGCCUCCUUUACAAGUAAGGGAACAAACAAGAGGAGGUUACGGACGUGGUGGAGGAGGUUAUCGUGGUGGUGGUGGCGGUGGUGGCAAUAGGUUUGGCCGAGGUGGCGGCGGCGGCGGAGGAUAUUCUAGAGGUGGUGGUGGCGGAAAAAGAUGGUAGUAAACUGUGGAAAAAGGACAAAUGGGGGCAUUAUUUGAAGUAAACAUGGUCUCAAUUGUCCUCCAAUUUUGCUGACCAUUUUUAUUUCUGAGGAAAAAAAUGGAACUCAAUAUUAAAUUAAUGUUUUGAAUGACGAACUACAUUUUUGCUCUCAUUUAUUUUUAUUAAUCUCCAGUUUUUUUAUAAUGUUUGUUUGUUCACGCCAAUUCCUUGAGUAUAAGCUUAGCUUGGCUUUCUAUCUUAACAAUACUUAUAUUCUACAAGAAUCAAUAUAAUGUUAUUCUGUA